UUAUUAGGUACUGAUCGUCCUCCCGAUUCCUCUUGUCUCUGAAACUCUCUCUCUCGAAUUAAAAAGAAAAAGCAAUCUUUUUUUCUUCCCAAAAUGCGUGAAAUCCUUCACAUUCAAGGAGGCCAAUGCGGCAACCAGAUCGGUGCCAAGUUCUGGGAAGUCGUCUGUGCCGAGCACGGCAUAGACUCGACUGGACGGUACAACGGGGACAAUGAACUGCAACUUGAACGGAUCAAUGUGUACUACAAUGAAGCAAGUUGUGGAAGGUUCGUUCCCAGGGGUGUCCUCAUGGAUCUUGAACCUGGCACCAUGGACAGUAUCAGAUCCGGCCCGUACGGGCAGAUUUUUCGACCAGAUAACUUCGUUUUCGGCCAGUCCGGGGCCGGAAACAACUGGGCUAAAGGCCAUUACACUGAGGGUGCAGAGCUGAUUGAUUCAGUCCUUGAUGUUGUUCGCAAAGAAGCCGAGAAUUGUGAUGCCCUGCAAGGGUUUCAGGUGUGCCAUUCUUUGGGAGGAGGGACUGGAUCUGGAAUGGGAACACUUUUGAUUUCAAAAAUAAGAGAAGAAUACCCAGAUCGAAUGAUGCUCACUUUUUCCGUGUUCCCCUCUCCCAAGGUAUCUGAUACCGUCGUUGAGCCUUAUAACGCAACUCUCUCUGUUCACCAGCUUGUUGAAAACGCAGACGAGUGUAUGGUUCUUGACAAUGAAGCCCUUUACGACAUCUGUUUCCGUACCCUCAAACUCACCACUCCGAGCUUUGGGGAUUUGAACCAUUUGAUCUCUGCAACAAUGUCUGGAGUGACCUGCUGUUUGAGGUUUCCUGGUCAACUGAACUCUGACCUCAGAAAGCUUGCUGUUAAUCUCAUUCCAUUUCCUCGGCUUCACUUUUUCAUGGUGGGUUUUGCUCCUCUCACCUCUCGUGGCUCUCAACAAUACAGAGCCCUAACGGUCCCUGAGCUCACCCAACAAAUGUGGGAUGCAAAGAACAUGAUGUGCGCAGCCGAUCCACGACAUGGGCGUUACUUGACGGCCUCAGCAAUGUUCAGAGGCAAAAUGAGUACUAAAGAAGUUGAUGAGCAAAUGAUCAAUGUCCAAAACAAGAACUCUUCUUACUUUGUGGAAUGGAUUCCCAAUAAUGUGAAAUCAACAGUCUGUGAUAUUCCGCCAACUGGGUUGAAAAUGGCUUCCACAUUUAUUGGGAAUUCGACUUCAAUUCAAGAAAUGUUUAGGCGUGUUAGUGAGCAGUUCACUGCUAUGUUUAGAAGGAAGGCUUUCUUGCAUUGGUACACAGGAGAAGGUAUGGAUGAGAUGGAAUUUACAGAAGCAGAAAGCAAUAUGAAUGACUUGGUUUCUGAGUAUCAGCAGUACCAGGAUGCUACAGCUGAUGAGGAUUAUUAUGAGGAAGAAGAAGAAGAGGAAGCUGAAUAUCAGCAGUGAUAUGUUGAUUUAGUGUUGGAAAUUGUAAUUUCUGGUUGCCACUCCUGGCAGUUACAGGAAUUAAUCUGCUUUUGAUGUAGGCAAAUAUGAGUGUUUUUCAAGUAGAAUAUCAAGUUUCUUGUUCUUUCCUAUUUGACAAA